CCUUUAGCGGUCGCUGUAGCCGGAGGCCUGGACUCUCUGGUGACUCUUGGCUGAGGCGUCUGUUCGUUGGUGACGGGGUUCGGGCGCAGGUCCGAGGCCGGAAGGCGCGGGAAGGUAGCCUCGCUCUUGUUUCGCGGACGGCAGUGAAGGCUGCGAGGCUGAGUGACAGCCGCGGGACGGAAUGGCGAGCGUGCAAUGGACGGGCAGCGGGGCCAACAGCGCAACAAGAUGGAGAAUUUCUAAGAACAUCAUGGACAAUGAUGAAGCAAGCAGCAAUGCAGACUAUCUUUGUUGUGAUCAAUUGCAAGAGGACAGUUUUGUGAAAUCAGACAAUGAAAACUCUGUGGACAUCUACGAUGGCUUGGACACAGACUAUCAAGGUGGUGGACAGUCUGCUUCAUGUGAUGUUUCAGGAAAGAAUGAACCUGCUAAGGAUUGUUUCGACUUGUACGAGGAAAUAUUAACAGAAGAAGGAACAGCAAAAGCAAUCUCUUUGAAAGAGUUUCAGGAGAAGUCUAUAGAGAGAGAAAGGAAAGUUGAAGAGCUGUUGCAAAAACUGCAUGAAGUUGAAACCAAGAAUUCCACUCUGUCAAAUGAGAACAUCCAACUGAAAAAGAACAUAUCAGCGCUCAUCAAAACUGCUCGGCAGGAAAUUAACCGCAAGGAUGAAGAAAUUAAUAGGCUAAACAGAAGACAUUCAAUGAAUUGGAUUGGAAACCCAUGCCUGCGUCACCACCAUAAUCGGCACACUCAUCCUCCAGGAUCGUUCAAUGUUCCAAUUACAUCACAGAACGAUAACACCCAUUCCAGACACGACCUUCCUUGUCCAUCCAGAUCUUCAAAUGUUGAACAGUGCCUGCUCACUUCUCGCAUAAAUGAAGAGGGAAAUUGUCCCCAAGUUGGACCACUUGGGUGUGGAAAUAAGAUUAUAGGACCAAAGAGCCAGUGUAAUUUACCAAGAGAUGCAAAAUCUCUUUCUAGCCCUCAUUCACCUGUUGGCAGAGAGCAUUCUAGCAAGUCCUUCUCACAUACAAGUAUCGUACCACCUCAUAAACCAAAUGCCACCAGUGAUAAAGCAGAACUCACUCCUUGCAAGGAGAGGAAAGGAACUGAGAAAUUGAAUGGAGAGGAUUUGGUUAAACAUGGAACAGUUGAAAAGUCAUACAUUUCUGAAUUAUCAGCUCAAGGAAAUAAAAACAAAGAGCCCAGUUUUCUACAGAAGAUUGAUAAACUUGAACAAACUUCUCAGAGUACAAAGUCACAUUCUGAAGUGAGGAGUACAAAUCGGCAUGCCUCAGAGAAAUGUUCAGACAGGAGCAGGCAUCGCCUUGGUCAGGGCUCGUCAGGAAACAGUGCAGAUUCAAAAGAAUCAAAAGGUCAAGUUGAGAAGGAGAAGAGACAUAAAGAGGAGACCAAAAAAAGUGACCACAGAAGCAGAGAGCAAGCAACAGAUAGAAAAAAGGAACAGAGAAGUAAUCGGGAAGAUGCCCAAGAAAAACACAGAGAUGACAGAUUAAGAAGUCGAUCUUUUCAAAAGGAGAGAGAGCCAGAGAGACGUCAUUCUGAAAAAAGAAGUGAGUCGUCUAAGUUGAUGAGUCCUACAAGUCCCUGUAGGAGUUCUCGUCGAAGUGUUCACACAGCAGUGGACCACUCUUCUAGAGGAAAAAGAGAUCAAAAAGUUGAGAGCAAGAGUUCAGGAAAGGAAAGAAGCACUGAUGUUAGCAGAGACCGAAGGAGUAACCAAUCCAACAGGAAAGUGCCAGAUGAAGAGACUGUCAAGGACAAUGUUAGAAGAAGUGGUAAAGAUGAGAGCAGAAGCUUAAAGAAAGAUGAAAAUAGAAAAGAAAAGGAUAAAUCUGAACAGAAAGAAAAUCAGAGAGACCAUGGUAUUAAACAUUCAUUACGGAAUGGAAGGGAUGUUGUUAACAAGGAGCAUCGAAGUGAAAAAGACAGAACUAAAUUGCCUGAGGAAAGUCAAUGGAUGACGAAAGGACAUUGUACUGAAGAUGCAGUACAUGGUCAUAGUUCAGGUAACUUGCAGAGCUCGACAGAUGAACAAAGCUUAGUAAGAGAUGCUGAUCCCAAACUGCAUUUUAUGGAAACAUUGCAGCUUACUGUUUCUCCUGUGAAGAAACCAUCCACUGUUCCUCAUGAGGUGGAAACAUCGUGCACACAAGCACUCGUUGCAGGUGAGAUGGUGGAGCAUCCUGAAAGUAUGGCAUCCACAUUGGAGAGUAGUGACAAUAGAAGUUCUCAUGAAGCUAGUAAAGAUGAAGGAAAGGACAUAGACUCGGAAUCCACUGAGAUGCAUUUAGGAGAAUCUGAGGUUUCUGUGCCUCCAGCUGAUCAGGAAUCUGUGGUACUUGAAAUGCCUUCUGCCCUGGCAAAAGAUCAUGAAGUGGAAGAAGGCUUAGUGGAAGACUCUGACCCAGUAGAGUCAUCUCAAAUUGUUGUGGAGACUUUUGGGACUGUGGAAGUUAUCAGUGAAACAGUUAGUGAAGAAGUUGAAAACUCCCCACCACUUGUGGAAAUUUCUGCCAAUGAGCAUUUGGAAUCAGUAGGAAAUUCAUCAAAGGUCGAUGAGUGUGUACUGAACGAAGUAUCCCAGCAGCUUAUAGAAGCUGAUGAUACCAUUGAUGGACAAUGUGAAGAUUCAGAUUGCCCUGCUGAAACUGACAAUACAGUCAGCAGUGAAAAGGUUCUGUCCCUCACUGGCACUGGGAACCCUGGAGAUUUCAAUCAGCCUCAAGAUGUUGCUACAGCAGUUACUGGAGAACUGCCAGAAAAUUCAGAGCCCGAUGUGACUGACCGUGAAGUUCGGCACACACCUGCAGUAGAUUCUUCAGCUGUUACCACACCAGUUAAAAAAUCUUGUGUCCCUGACGACCUGGAGGACAACUCCAUCCAGAGCAUUGACUUCACUUAUAUUGGCUGUAUAGGUGCACCCAUCAGUCCUUUAACCAGUCCUCUACGCCCUGUCAGAUCUUCAGAAUUGGAGAAAUCAGGUACAUCUGCAGAGAGAAAUGUUGACAACAAAGAUUCUAAAGUGAAAAUGCAAGAUAAUUGUUCUGUAAGCAGUUGCACCCUUGAGUUAAAUAAAGAAAACCAGGAGCCUUUGUGCAAAGAAGGAAUUAAAACCUUGGGGACUUUAGAAGAAAUAGAAGAAGGAGAAAUUGUAAGUGAUGUGGAUGAGUGUGUAUCUCAAGUGCAGAAACCAGCUUGUAACGUUGAAGUAAUGAAAGAGAGCAGCAGUGAAGAGAAAGGUAAUCCCAAUCAAAGUGCAAGUGAAAAGGAAACAAGAAUGGUAAAUCCUGAUGAACCUUCGGUAAAACAUUCUUCUGAGGUAUUACCCAAAAAUAAAUCUGUUAAAAAGCAAAGAGAAAAAGCAAAAGUUAUGUCAUCAAACCAAAAUACUGAAGGACUCAAAAUACCUUCAUUGAGUUCUGUGGAAAAAAAUCAGAUUAAAUCCUCAGUUGCUGAUUUAAUGGAAGCUCUAAUAGCUGCUCGAAAAAGCGUCCGACAAAAGUACAUGAAGCUUCAUAAACAAUUUGAAGUCCGCAGGUUUAAACGAAUUAUUGAAAUUGCCAUUGUGGAAUUCAUCUCUGCAGUUAAAAAGUACAAAUUUCCAAAGUCCCGGAAACAGCAGAAGAGUUCCAUCUGUGCACUGAUUGAGACUGUACUAUCACAAGUGAAAUCCAAUGGGAUUGUAAACACUAUUUUCUCACAACAGGCUCUGAAUAUGAAAGAAAAGUUGUGGCUAUUUGUGGAAAAGCAGUUUGAUUUUCUGUUUGACAAGAUCCGUGAGAUAUUCAUCUCUUGUGAGAAUAUAAGUCUGGAAUUGGCCUUGGAAGAAGAGAGAAAAAAUGAGAAGGUGAUCAAGAGUAAGAAGAAAAAUGCAGUGGUUAAGCACAAAGCUGAUAAAGUUCCAAAGCUGAAAAAGUCCCCCUCUUCAGAGCCAUGUUUGGUAAAUGAUGCUUCGGGCAAAAGGAACUCUGAGCAAAAGAAACUGGCUGCUGACAGGGGCAGAAAAAAUGGAGCUGCAGUGAAUAGAUAUUCAAAGAGUAAAACUGAGGUUUCAGCUGGUGGUAUCUCCAAGGAAAAUUCUCAGCCUCCCACAAAAGUCAAAAACUUGCUGUCUCUGAGUCAGAUGAAUUGGAAUGCUUCCAGUGAUUCACUGAUAAAUUCAAACUCUACUAAAGACUCUCAUGAGAAAACUGAGCUUGGCAUUCUGACAGAACAGCAGGCAUCUACUCUUACUUUUAACCUGGUAAGCGAUGCUCAGAUGGGUGAGAUAUUCAAGUGUUUGUUACAGGGGUCCGAUCUGCUGGAGCAAGGGAUUUCUGCAUUGGAGUGUAAUUCUUGGUCUGUUCCAGAAAAGCUGCAUCCUGAUGUUAACACACAUUUAUCCAGUGUUCCUUCCACUUCAGACAAAGCACCUCUGGUGUCCCAGGGAGAUGGUAUUUCCUGGCCUCCAGUUACACCAAACAAACGUGCUGUUAGGUUAAGACCACCACUCAAUAUAGAUGUUUUGGAUGAAAGCUGCAUGCUAGAAGUUCCUGAUAAGGUAGUACAAAACAAAGAUGCUCUGGUGAUCAGUCGACCUGAGGACUCAAAUAGCCAGAAGGUAAAUGAAGCAAGUUCAGGUCUACAAGCACGUUCUUCCAUAUCCUCCAUUCUGAUGGAGGACCUGGCAGUUUCUCUUACUGUUCCUUCACCUCUUAAAUCAGAUGGGGAAAUCAGCUUCUUAACAUCUCAGAAUGGAUUAUCCUUGCCUGGUGAAGUGAGUGAAGCCAUUUUGUCGAGCCAUUACAGUGAAAAUGCUGUCCUUGAUGAAGAGGAUGCUUCAGAGCAAGAUAUCCACUUGGCGUUGGAUUCGGAUAAUUCUAGCAGCAGGUCCAGCAGUUCCUCAACGUGGAACAAGCAGACAUCUGCCUCUUCUUUUCAGUAUCGAAACCAUCCCCCAAUGCAGGCUGUUGUAAUGGAAAAGUCAAAUGAUCACUUCAUCGUCAAGAUAAGAUGCAAGGCAUCCAAUACGAACUCUUCACUGCAGAGCUUGCCCUCUGCUGCCGUGGUGAAGGAGAAUGAGACUUCUGAGUUGGGGCUAGGUGGACAGCCUGUUGUGGAUACCAUUGAUAAGCGGGUAAUAUUACCUAAUAACAAUGUGCAAGAAAUGCCUGAGAAGCAAGUUCAUGUCAUGUCUGAGUCAUUGCCUAAUCACUCCAGAAGUUUGAAGCACCCAGUAGGUGAAAGCAGAAAUACAGAGGAGUCAGGAAUGGAGGUUGAUAUAUCGCCAUCUCCCUCAGAGAAAGAUAAGCUAUCACUACCCAAAAACUGUACAGAUCAUUUACCUUCACUUGAAGCCCCCAGUGGGAAUACAAAAGGUGAUGCAUUACUGAUUGGGACAGUCUUGAAAACAACUCCUAGCUCAGGAAGCAAGAAGAGGAAAUGUAAUGUACAGGUGGAUUCCGUGGAGAAAAGAGCACGCAAAGAACCAGAGCCUUUGAAUGCAAGUAAGAAAAAUGAUAACAAAGCCAACACUAAAAGAAAAUCCACUUCCUCAGCAAAUAAAGCUGUCAAAAGGACUGCAGAUACACCAGAGAAAACGAAAUGCAAUACUUGUCGGUCUACAGUCCCGUCACAAACCAGUCUACCUGCUAAAAAUAUAAUCAAGAAGAAUGGUGAAGUUGUAAUUGCAUGGACUAGGGAGGAUGAUCGGUCAAUAUUGUUGGAUUGCCAACAGAAAGGAGCAAAUGAAGAAACUUUUAGCUACAUAUCUAAAAAACUACAUAGGUCCCCACGCCAGGUAUCAGAAAGGUUCCGUUGUUUGAUGAAGUUAUUCAAAAGGACAAAACAUGAAUAACUGACAAAUUAUUCUUCCGAGAUUUAUAUUUUUUCUAAAUGACUCUGGGAAUUUUGGAGAAGCAAUAUGAUCACUGAAGUUAAAAAAUAGGACAAACCACCAUGGGAAGUAAACUCUGCCUUUUGAGUUAUCAAUCCUUGUGCUCAAGUAUCAGUCUCUUUAGACCCCACUUUGAAAUGGUAUGCACACGUGAUGCAAGCACUCUUCAUGCCAAUUAUUAUUAUUACCUUAUCAACUAUUGCCACCUGCCUCUCUCUUUACCAACUCAAAAUGAUCUGAAUGUUGAGAGAUUCACAAUGUUCAAAGAACCGGGUUUUAAAUACCGCAAUUUGUUUCACGUCUUUCAGUUGUGAGACAGAAGUGAACUGCUUUUAAUAAUGUUGGCCUUUUUGUACAGUUGUCUAUAUUACUGACAUAUGACUGCCGAACUCAGUGCAUUCUACUGAGGUGUGCUGUCAGAUUAGUAUAAUCUGUAAAGUAUAAAUAUUAUUUGUACAUAAAUCUGUUAAUACAGUUUAUAUUUUUAUGUGAAUAUCUUUGAAAGCAGGUUUGGAACUUUCUGAAAUUGCUUGCAUUCACAGCUGUUUUUUGUUGAUAAUGCUGUAAAUUUGUUAAUAUUAUAAAUACAAGUUUUUGAAAUUUACAUAAGUUGUCCAGUAUGUUUCAAACUGUGAAGAUUAUUUAUUUUUGCUAGGUUUCAAUGUGAGAAGUAAAACCUUCUGUUUUCUUGUCAGCCUUUUCUUAUUGCCAUGCUUGGAUUUAUUGCUUAAAUAAAUUCUGUGCA